AUGCUAGUCGAUACCAACAAGAGGGACACAAAACACCACAUCUGGGGCCACAAAGUCUCUGCACCAGUUGGCUUCAGUCCAGUAGGCAUCAACAAGAUCUACCAUCCUCAAGGCGAGCUACCCGUGGCCAAGGUAGCGAAAGAGCUUAACUUGCCAUACUGUCUCAGCACAGCCGGCUCCCAACCCAUCGAAGACGUCGCCGCCGCGAAUGGAGAAGGACCCAGAUUCUUCCAGCUCUAUAUGCCACAUGACGAUGAGCUUACUGUGUCGUUGUUGAAGCGAGCCUACAACAGCGGCUUCGCAGCCUGUAUCCUAACAGUAGAUACCUGGCAACUCGGCUGGCGCCACGACGACAUCAACACCUCGAACUACGCCUUCUACCACGGCAUCGGCGCCGACCUCGGUCUCUCUGAUCCCGUCUUCCAGAAACGGCUAGCAGAGGAUGGUAUUGAUCCGAAGACUCAGCCCAACGAGGCGGGAGCGAAAUGGAUCGAUAACGUAUGGCAUGGCCGUGCACAUUCGUGGGAGCGGAUGCCGUGGCUGAUCAAGACCUGGAAGGAGAUUAGUGGUGGAAUGCCUUUUGCCAUUAAAGGUAUUCAGGAUGUAAGGGAUGCUAGGAAGGCGGUCGAGGUCGGCGUUGACGGGAUCGUAGUUAGUAAUCAUGCUGGUAGGCAGGUUGAUGGUGCGAUUGCUAGUCUUGAUGCGCUGGAGAAGAUCGUUGAUUCUGUUGGUGACAAGACGUAUAUUAUGUUCGACUCAGGCGUUCGCGGCGCAUCGGACAUCUGCAAAGCUUUGGCGCUGGGUGCACAAUUCGUCUUCGUGGGCAGGCUCUGGAUCUGGGGAUUGAGCAUCAUGGGCGAGCAUGGCGUCCGACAUGUCAUGAAGUCUCUACUUGCCGAUCUGGACAUCAUGUUCAACGUCGCAGGCAUCCAGUCUGUCGACCAGCUGAUCGGCCAUCGCGAUUGGCUAAGACAGCCACCUUGUUGGCCAGACCCUCAUAGCUGA